GCGGCUCCCGACAAAGCCGGCCGGAGCUGAAGCCGCCGAUUUCUGGAGUGUCCGAGUCUGGCUCAGUGCACAGGGCGAUGGGCGUCGCUCCUUAUCUCUGUCUCCUUCUGUCCUGUCUGGCAGGCGUGCGGUCCGACGUCGUGCUGACACAGCCCGCGUCAGCGGUGGUAAAGCCCGGGGAGUCCUACAGACUGACCUGUGCAGUCAGUGGGUCCGAUCUCAGCAGCUACUACAUGAGCUGGGUGAAGCAGGUCUCCGGGAAAGGGCUGGAGUGGCUGGUAGCGUAUUACUCCGAAAGUUACAAGUAUUACGCGCCUGGAGUCCAAGACCGGUUCACCGCUUCCAAGGACAGCAGCAACUUUUAUCUGCAAAUGAACAGCCUGAGACCGGACGACACGGCCACCUAUUACUGUGCGAGAGACACAGUGAGAGGGAGCGGGACUGGACCGGGACAAAAACCCAGCGAGAGCGCCCGCCCUCAGGGCGCUGAGGGACAGGACGGCACUGAUCACCGCAGCCGUGUCCCGGCCUUGCUGUGCCGCCGUCGGCCGUCGCUGGAAUGGGAGGCGUGUUGUCAGCCGCGAUUCCUGGGAGGAGAGGCUGGAGGGACCGAGGGGCUCAGCGGAUCACUUCAGAGGGCAGCUCGGAGCCAAGCGCCGUGGGUGGGACUGGAGUCACCGAUCGGCCCAGCCGGGUGUCGGUCCCUGGUCCACAGUUUACAGUCAAUGGUCGGGCGCUGGGGAACACCGAUGGUCAGAGAGACCUUGGUGUCCGGUGCGGUUUAACUGAGGAGUGAGUGAGCUCGGAGACAGUGAGAGGGGCGGAGGUUAUCGUACGGCGGUGGAUCACAGUGACUAUAUACUGGAUGGCACAGUGUGAGAGAUGGGGGCUCCCUCCACACACAAACCUGCCGCAACAAAACUCCUUCAAUUGGGCUCUUCGGGCGCUGCCACCGGCCUUUACCCCGGGACCCGUGGAUAUAAAUCAGAUCCCGAGUGGAUAAUCUGGGAGUGGGAACAAGUUCCACUGAAGAUGUGUCUGGAAGGGACCGGAACCACCGAGGAGCAGCAGUCGGUAGAAGCAGAGUGAAAGGUCCCGGUGGGUUGCACCCUGUCCACUUCAGGACUGGGAUGGCCGAGACUGAGUCCUGCUGUGCGGGACACCCGGACACAGACGGGGGGUUUAAUAAAGCCGCUGGCCGGCUCUGGGCUCCGCUGGAUUUCGGGCUGGAUGGAGGCGGUUUGUGACCUGAGCU